AUGACUGGGCGCGGCAAAAAUGACCGGGGAUCUCUACGAAACAGUCGAGACCGUCCUAACUUUGUCCAAGAUCCACGGCGUACGGAACCUCAAUAUCCUACGAUACCGGAUGACAGCCGCCCACAUCCCCUUUCAGAACCACCUUCCAGUAGUCCUCAAAUCACAUUAGGACCAUCGUAUGCUGGGCAUGGGCAAGCUCCUCAGCCCGGUGACUACGGUGCAACGCCUUUCCCUACAACACAGCCAUAUACGCAAGAUUCCAGAGCCUUCUUCCACCCGCAGCCAAGUUCAGCAGGUCAAUUCGAAGAUGAAGUCAGGUCUCGAAAGCCGAAUCGACCCGAGAGCAUGUCGAAGUCGCCAGGUCUGGUGCCGACUACCAUCGAAUCAUGUCAAGGGUCAAGUAUGUGUCCAAUGUCAGGUAUAUCGACAGAAGAGACGCCAGAGCCUCGAUUCGAGUUCUCUAGUACAUUUGCUUCUAGUCAGUUUACCACGUUGGAAGAAGAAUACGCGGCCCUAUAUCACCAGCGUCAUGAGAUUGGUAUGCGCAUGGAGGAGAUAAAGAGAUCUUUCACUGUGGAGCAGUACGCUGCUUUGAUGGCAAGGCUGGAUCCCCAGGAACUUCCGACGCUCAAGCCAUGGUCUGACACAAAUGACGGUUGAGCAAACGGUGCAGAACUCGGGUGGAACGACCUACAAGGUCAUUUUCACAG